UCAGAAGAAAAGACAUCUUCUGCUGGUCUCAGUGGACCCUCAGCGACGGAUCUAUCGAAAGAAAAAACGAGUGGCACAAGGUUGGCAAGACUGCUUAUUGACGAAGGAACAAAAGUUUUAAUGAAAUUCUUGCAUUCCAUGCAUCCAGAGUCAACCUUAGAGAACGCAUUGAACAACAAUCGCCCAAAGCUCGAAGAGCUGAAACGAAAGCGAGUAAUAUCUGAUAAGCAAUGGGAUAAAUUGUUUCCUUCCUCAGGUAAACCGCCAGACUCGAAAGAAUUUGAUAUCACGCUUCUACACUUAUUGCUUCGUCAAAUUUGUCAUUUAUCGGUUCCUUCGACUGGAUGGCACGAAAUGCCUGCUGACACUGAUGCCAGCCCUGAAGCCAGCAUCGUGCGUAUCAAAUGCUAUAGAAAUGAGCUCUGCCACAGUGUUUCUACUGGAGUUCCAAAUGACGAAUUCGAAGACAAGUGGAAUAAAAUAUCUUCGUCUUUGGAAGUACUUGAGGUUGCCGCCCAUCGGAAGAGACUUCAGUCCCUGAAGAGUGCUACUACCGAUCACGAAGCUCAUUUGGUUGAAGAGGAGCUCAAACAAUGGAGGAGGGAGAAAGAACUUGAGAAGAUUGGAAAAGUCUCGGAACUAUCCAGUUGUCUUCCUGAUGAAUUGUCAGAAGAACAUGUUAUCGGCCGUGGUGAUCAAAUACAAGACAUCAAAGAAAAAGUUCAAAGUGGAGCGGCUCCUGUAAUUCUGAUCACUGGUGGACCGGGAUUCGGAAAGACGACCGUAGCAAAGCGAGUGGCCUGUGAAUUAGCCAAACCCGAAAAUAAAAGAACUGUGUUGUUUUGUAGCUUAUCAUCAAAGACUACUUUCAACGAAACGACUAUGGAAAUGAUCAACUCAUGUCGUAAAGUGGUCAACACGCAAGUACCAGAGAACCCAGGGCAGUGGCUCAAAGACUGGAGCAAACAAAUUCAAGAGCAGGUCACUUUUGUUCUUGACAAUGCUGAUGGUGUCAUCGAGUCUAAAGAUCGAGAAUUGUUCCUCAAUUUCUUACGUGAUGUAAGAAUGUUUUCGCGACAAAAUGUCACAUUUGUAAUAACUACAAGAAGAACUUUUCAAAAUACCGACCUGAAACCAAGAGAAGUCAGGCUACGCGAGUUGUCAAACGAACAGGCUAGAAAUCUUCUAGUUGCUCAAGUUCACCUCCACCAACAAGGUUUCCAGCAACAACUCUCUAAAGCAGAGCGCAUUGUAGAACUUUGUGGCUGUGUUCCUCUGGCCCUGUGCAUUGUUGGAUCUCUGCUUUCAGAUUACACCGAAGAAACUCUUAUUAAAAAACUGGAGAAAGAACCACUUGCUGUACUAGAAGACGAUGAAGGAUCUGUAGAAAAGGCCAUCAAGACCUCUUUUGAUCUAUUGACUGAAGCUGGACAAGAAGCCCUCGUUCUAAUGUCAACUUUCCAGGGGUCUUUUGACUCAGGUGCUGCCGAGGCUGUAAUGAAAGCGUGCUCAGUUCCUGGAAUUCAGCCCAUCAAGAUUAUUCGCUCCUUGAAAAAGAGUUCGCUAAUCGAGCAACCAAGUUCCCAGAGGUAUCAAAUGCAUCCACUCAUUCACUUGUAUGCAAGGAAGAUUGGUCAAGCCAAGUAUGCCGAUCUUUUAGCUAAUGGAGAAAAAUUGGCCUGUGUUUAUUACAUUUCUUGCCUUGCGAACAACGCCGAAUUGUACUGGAAAAGAGGCAGCUGCAAAGAAUCCCUCUUUUUAUUCAACAAGGACAGAAAUAAUUUCGAGCAUUUUCUUCGCAUUUACGCCCAAGGAAGGGAGGAAAAGGAUGUAGAAAUUAUGGAACGCUCUCAAACUCUUUUGGAGAGUUUUCCACAGAAGUGCAUGUAUUUGGAAAGGUGUCUUCAUCCAAAGAAUUAUGCCCAGUUCCUUGAACAGUUACUGGACACAUUUGACUCAACUGUUCAGCCAAUGCAUGUUGUAGAACUUUCGUGUCUUCUUGGACAUGAAUAUAGGAAGAAAGACCAAAAGAAGUACAGCGUACUUAUGCAGAGAGCGGAAGAAAUUUAUCGCCUGAAUGCUGCGAAGUUUAAAGAAAAUCCGUUAUCAGAGGUUUACUUUCACAACAGUUACGCACGCUUCCUUUCCGAUAAAAAAGAUUCUAAAGAAAACCAAAGAAUUGACCAAGAGACUCAAUCAGCUCUACAUGUCAGCUAUGCAAGUCUGGGUGAACUUCAUCCGGAAACAGCAGCAACUCUUCUUCUUUCAGGAAUCAUUGCCAAGCGCCGUAAGGAGCGUGAUACAGCUACAAAACAGCUUACAAAGGCGUUAGAACUCUUCGAACGGUGCCUUGGUAAGCAUUUUAUGACAGCCGAAGCCCUGAAGGCCAUUGCAGACCUUCGUUUGUUUCUCGGUGGAGAAACAAAAGAGGAAGAUGACUUAAAAUUUUGCCUCAAGUAUUAUAACGCAGCCAUAGAAAUGUUCGACGAUCUCGUCGAGGGUGGAAGCAAAGCAAGCAUCCUGACUUUGAAGAACUGCGCAGCUUGUCACCAGAAAAUAAAAAACGUUGAUGAGGCAAUGACUUUAUUCAGAAAGGCAGAACAAGUUGCCGAGAGAGAAUUGGAAGAGAAUCACGAAUGGAAGGUCUUAAUCAAGACUACAUGGGCCAUGUUACAUGACGAGAUAGGAAACAAGGAUAAAGCGAAAAAAAUGAUGCUUGAAGGACUGUCCAUAGCCAAAAAACUAGACUUGCCAAUAGCAAAGAUGGGAAACAAAGACCCGAUACGAUCGUUUAUCAACCGUUAUUCAGAGGAUUUCCCUGAGACGGAAUUCCCAAGUAAGUACUGUAUCCAAGUUAGCAGUUAAUAGAAGGCCCCCCUAUAACUCAAACCUAGCUCAGGCCUACUCAAACCAAAACUGAUUUGCCGAAGAACUCCGCCAAAUAGUUAUUAUUAUUUUAUACUCGAUAUCUCAAGCCUCUCAAUAACUCGAACCAGUUUUUGUUUUUCCUCGCGGAUAUUUUAAAAUAACCUUGCCCUCGGUAACUCGAAACAACAACAACAAAAAAAAAGAGCUUUACCGCUAUGUAGCGCGUUGAACUGAUUUGAAGCAGGCGUGUCCUCCUGCGUUGUAGUACUUCCUGAUAUCUACCGCGGUGUCUUCAACUUUCAGGAGGAGAAAAGAAGAAAGGAAAAAGAAGAUGAGAGGGAAAAAGAAGAACAGCAGUUAAGAUUCACAAUAAUAAUUUCAAGAAAGGUGAAGGUGUCUGGCCAUAAAUGUAUUUGCAAGGGACUAUAAGGAACUGACUUCUAAACAAGGCAUUUCUCAAGUUCCCAAAGCUCCAAAUAUUUUUCGAAUAUUUCUUCUUUUUUCUUUAAAAGAAAAUGUUUCUAGGAUCAGAUUCCUUGAGUAAAUCACGUAGAAGAAUUACACAAUUUUUGAACUAAUCCGCCACAUAACUGACGAUAAGGUAUUGAAUACUUUUUUUUAUCUAACUUCUGUUAUUUGAUCAGUCAAGCUUUCUGGAGCCUAGAAGAAAGAGCCGCACUUCCCUGCAAUUAAUUCAUUAGAUUAAGGUCGGCUUUCCCUCCAAAACCUUGGGUUGGAAGGGCAAAUGGAGCAAAACAGUCGCUGACAAGGAGAGGAAUCGAUAUCUGUUAUGUUCUUCCACAUAGGACAGAUGUCGAGAAAGGACGGGUUACUCUUCAUAUGCCUCCUCGACAACUAAAUUCGAUUAGAGUACUUACAUAUCACAAUGUAAAGAUUACCCCAGUGUUGUCAGUUUCUUAAGCAAAUUCAUCAUGCCAUUUGUUCUUAAUCUUAGAAGGCUCGUUAACGUCUUUAACUCGGGAUAUUUUCAUGAUCAAUGCUAUCUGCAUUAUGAAAUGCUUUCUACCCUCAAGAGAAAUAGGCUUUUUUUAAUCAAUCAAAUAAAUAGUCUUAAUUAUUUGCACUCCGCACUCUCAUUGGCUUUGGACUUGACGAGCGAGAGGUCGCAGCCAGUCUACUAAAAUAAAUAAUGUCUCACGGAAACUUAAUUGGUCACAUGAGAACUUGGCAUAACAAUUUUGUGGCCAAAAACUUUGACGCAAUUAACCAUUGUUGGUUUAUCAGAAAUAAAAGUUUUACAAUGGUCUGCUCUUCCAGCCUUCUCGGUAUGUUCUUGUAAGCCUUGUUGUUCCUUGCGUCAGACAUUCUUGGCAGCCCGAUAAAUCCGGCGGAAUUGGAAACAUUUCUCGGAAUCUGCCUCCAAGACAGAUCGAUUUCCUAAGAAUUUUGUACUAUCACAAUAAUUUUAUUUAAGCUUCCAUGAAAACUGCUUGAAUUUCACGUGUACCACGUUUCUGUCCCUCUUUUAACCAUGGAAAUACCACAAUUAGUAGAUGAAGAUAUUACUUCUUUAUCUAAUAACCUCAAAUUCCCAAGGGAAUGAGCAGUACUGACAAGUGAAACAAAAAUUUUGUUAAUGAUGUCGUUUACUAAUUGGACAUAAAAAAAAUCAUCUUGAAUCUCCAACCGUGAAAAACACCUAUGAGACCGGUCAUUAUUUAUGGCCGGGGGAGGGGGUGGGGUGUCGUAGGAUUUUAGUCGUGCCCAUGACCUCUCUCGUUGGCUGUUAAUCGGCAGUCAAUUUCUCUAAGUUCCUCCAUUAUACUUAAUUCCCCCUCCUAUCUCGUAAAAACCAUGUGAUCCCCUCCCCCCGCAGAAAAAAUGAUCCUCCGACCCUCUAGCCGAUCUACAACGACUGGUUACGGAAGACAUAUGCAAAUUUGCUCUAGUGUUGUAUUUCGCGGAAUCAGGGAACGAAACCAAUAUUCCCUGUUUCUCAUGGUGCUGGCGUGUCGUUGAUGAGUAGCUGUGAAAAGGCUUUUCGAUUUCAGUGCUAUCAAAUCACUUCAGUGGAUGAGAUCUUGUCUACUCAGAGCCAAGCGUGUGCGUAGCGUGCACCAUUAAAUGAAAUGGAGGUUCACCAACGUUGAGGUGAGUGAUGUAUCAGAGUAUACGGUACCACUACGUUGGAAUAGCUGAAUAACUAACGAAACAAAAUAUUACCUUACUAAUGAGAAGUGCCGAGGCUCAUUCGUAGGAAGUAAUUCAAUCUCACAUGAAAAACGAGUAAAGAGGGUAAGUUUCUAAAGAAACUUUGGUGCCGCGUCGGUAGAGAGUAUAAAAGGGUAAUUUAGUAUUAUCAACUGAGUUGAUAACGUAAAUUGGCCACCGUAAAGAGUUUCAAAGCUGAUGUUUUAGGAGUCAGCCCUUCGCCAUUCGCUCUGACGAAGGGCUAACACUCGGAACGUCAGCCUUUAAAUUCUUUACGGUGGUUAAUUUACGCCUGUUUCUCUUUUACCUGGUAAAAAAAACAUUUGAAUGCUUUUCUAUUUGAUUUUGUUCUCGUCUUGAAUCGACACUGUAAAACAUAAGCUAUUUCGUAAGUGGAUGCGGAAAAAAGUUCUACCGUGUUAGGCGUAAGAAUUAUGCUGCGUGGGCAUCUGGAGAUGUACUCAGGCGAACACUUAACAAUAAUAACUCAUUCGAAGACUACAUUUCUGAUGAGUUUAAAUGAAACCACACUGCUUAUUAUGGACUAACAUGGGGAUCUCUAUGUCUACAAGGCGAGGAAUGGCUUCUCCAAACGCCUCAUAACGAUGGUCUCAACUUGUGCUUCGUUCAUGGCUUUAAAAAAUUGACAUGCAUUAAGAAUAUGGCCGUGCUCACUCAGUGCCAUCCUCUUUCCCUGUCGUGGUACAACAUUGAUUGUUGGGCCAGCAAGUAUUAUUCAAUCGCACAAGAAUGGAGUGUUUUCUUUCGCUUGCGAUCUGAAGUACUGAUUUGCCUCAUAUUUGUUAUUCGUCUAAAGUGCGAGAAACUUGCAGAUCUUGCAUUGUGAUGGAGGCUCGAGCUUGGAUUACGUUGUCUACCAUGCGAGCGUCCAAAAACACGAGAUACCUCAGCAUUAACAUUUGAUUGAGUUGGCUGACAUUUGUUCUGAUAAUACUCGUACUUCCUCAAGAAGUUGACACAGUUGCUGUUAUGAUUGCUGCACCAUUUGCUCGAAUCCGACAGCGAACGAGGACUCCUCGAGGAUGAGAGAAUUUCCCGCCAAAAUACACUCCGCUGCCUAGCUGUUGCUCACCGGCUCAGAAAAAGCAGUCGAUAAAUCCGCAUAGUGAUUUCUCUUUGUCAACAGUUAAUAUUUAUUUCUCAGUACAUUGCUACGUCAGUCUUUUUCUCAAUUAAUGUUUUUUCACUCUCGAUGGGUAAUUAAAAUCUCGCAUGACAGUAUUUUAUUCUCGCACAAUGAUUUCUAUUUCCCAUGCAGUAAUUUCCCAAUCUCACAUAUCGAUCACUGAAAUUCGAUAGGUAAUUUUGGACUUAAUCCAUUUUUGUCGUGAAUGGCUUGCCAUAUGAAAUGGUGUCAUGUUGUGGGUCACGUCUAGCAUCUUUUCGGCUCUGUGAAGACGGCUCUUAAAAUGUUUUUCAAAUUUCAUGGAAACGUUUAAACUUCGAAUAAGAAAAAACCGCGCCGUUCAGUUCGAGAUUUUAACUCUAAAUGCACCUGCAUGUAAAACUCGGGAUUCCGAUCCAACCGUGACUUGAGACUUGCCCUCGCAUGCUAACAAUAGAUGGAUUAUAUCGCAUAUGACGUGUACUUAGCAAUGAUGCCGAGAGAGAAGUCCAUUGUGUAUUUGUUUAUAUUUUCUCCAAGUUUCUGAGAAAAUCCGGAAUAAUUGCUUGUCAAUAUGUUUUGAAUCCGUCACAGGUACUUUACGUCAUUGGAAUACUUUAAUUUUUAACUACAGAACUGUAUAGCUUCGUUCUUGAAGCAGCAAAUAUUGCUUAAAGAAGAAAAUGCAAGUCAAUUGAAAGUCACUAUAUUCAUAUUACUGGACUGUUAAGGUUAACUAGCUUGAGCAAUCGUGCCAGCGGAGGCACCAGAGGUCUGAUCAAGCACUUUUAAUUCAUUCGGUCAUUUGGUCACGCUUUUAAAUAACGGUAGGCAUGUUUGGGCUUACGGGACAACUGACCUUGGACGAGUGAACAUAUUUUUAGAAUGCUAACCGAAACAAUUUCACGAGACAUUCGAAAUAAACAACAAAGUAUAUACAAAACCAAUAUUCAAGAACUCGCUAAAACCUAAACAUCACUUUCCGUUGACGACUCUAAGCAAGGUUAAGGACAAGCCCAUACACGACUAUUCAUGAUGAAAACCGUGCGAGAGUUAAGCCAUAUUACAAUGGUCGAGGACAAAUCACUCAAAAAGUAAAAAUAAAUGUGUGUUCUUGCAGCACAUGACAAACCAAGGGUCACAAGACUCUCACAAGGAUUUCAAGAUAAUCUAACAGGCCGAAACAAAACCCAAACACUUAGUCAGAACAUUUCUAAAUUUAGUAGUUCCCAAAGACUUCUAAUGGUGUUUGGCUUGUGGUUCACAGCGGGAGCUUAACCGCACCAAUCAGGAACCGUAGACAAUGAUUUUUCUCGGAAACCAUAGAAAAUUAUUCCCAGAACUCAUUGGGAGAUUUCCCUGUAGACUGGUUAUAAAAUUCGUGUCGAUUGAAAAUCGCAAUUCGUGGUUAUCUGAAGACAAGCUAACGUUCUUAUCCUUCUCAAAACGAAUUUGCUUUGUAAUAGCUUUGACAGUAGGUCAUGGCAGCCGGCAGAACAUCGUCACCAACUUCUGCUAGUCUUGGUGGACCCUCAGUGGCGGAUCUCUCGAAAGAAAAAAUGAAUGGCACAAGGUUGGCAAGACUGCUUAUUGACGAAGGAACAAAGGUUUUAAUGAAAUUCUUGCAUUCCAUACAUCCAGAGUCAACCUUACAGAACGCAUUGAACAACAAUCGCCCAAAGCUCGAUGGGCUGAGGCGGAAGCGAGUAAUAUUUGAUGAACAGUGGGAGAAACUGUUUCCUUCCUCAGGUAAACCGCCAGACUCGAAAGACUUUGACAUCACCCUCUUACACUUACUACUCCGUGAAAUUUGUCAUCUAUCGGCUCCUUCGACCGGAUGGCGCAAAAUGCCUGCCGACACUGAUGCCAGCCCUGAAGCCAGCAUCGUGCGUAUCAAAUGCUAUAGAAAUGAGCUUUGCCACAGUGUUCCUACUGGAGUUCCGAAUGACGAAUUCGAAGACAAAUGGAAUAAAAUAUCUUCGUCUUUGGAAGUACUUCAGGUUGCCGCCCAUCGGAAGAAACUACAGUCCCUGAAGAGUGCUACCGCCGAUCACGAAGCUCAAUUGGUUGAAGAGGAACUCGAACAAUGGAGGAGGGAGAAAGAACUUGAGAAGAUUGGAAAAGUCUCUGAACUCUCCAGUUGUCUUCCUGAUGACUUGUCAGAAGAACAUGUUAUCGGCCGUGGUGAUCAAAUACAAGACAUCAAAGAAAAAGUUCAAAGUGGAACGGCUCCUGUAAUUCUGAUCACUGGUGGACCGGGAUUCGGAAAGACGACCGUAGCAAAGCGAGUGGCCUGUGAAUUAGCCAAACCCGAGAAUGAAAGAACUGUGUUGUUUUGUAGCUUAUCAUCAAAGACUACUUUCAACGAAACGACUAUGGAAAUGAUCAACUCAUGUCUUAAAGUGGUCAACACGCAGGUACCAGAGAAUCCGGGGCAGUGGCUCAAAGACUGGAGCAAACAAAUUCAAGAGCAGGUCACUUUUGUUCUUGACAAUGCAGAUGGUGUCAUCGAGUCUGAAGAUCGAGAAUUGUUCCUCAAUUUCUUACGUGAUGUAAGAAUGUUUUCGCGACAAAAUGUCACAUUUGUAAUAACUACAAGAAGAACUUUUCAAAAUACCGACCUGAAACCAAAAGAAGUCAGGCUACGCGAGUUGUCAAACGAACAGGCCAGAAGUCUUCUAGUUGCUCAAGUUCACCUCCACGAACAAGGUUUCCAGCAACAACUCUCUAAAGCAGAGCGCAUUGUAGAACUUUGUGGCUGCGUUCCUCUGGCCCUGUGUAUUGUUGGAUCUCUGCUUUCAGAUUACACCGAAGAAACCCUGAUUAAAAAACUGGAGAAAGAACCACUUGCUGUACUAGAAGACGAUGAAGGAUCUGUAGAAAAGGCCAUCAAGACCUCUUUUGAUCUAUUGACUGAAGCUGGACAAGAAGCCCUCGUUCUAAUGUCUACUUUCCAGGGGUCUUUUGACUCAGGUGCUGCCGAGGCUGUAAUGAAAGCGUGCUCAGUUCCUGGAAUUCAGCCCAUCAAGAUUAUUCGCUCCUUGAAAAAGAGUUCGCUCAUCGAGCAACCAAGUUCCCAGAGGUAUCAAAUGCAUCCACUCAUUCACUUGUAUGCAAGGAAGAUUGGUCAGGCCAAGUAUGCCGAUCUUUUAGCUAAAGGAGAAAAACUGGCCUGUAUUUAUUACAUGGCUUGCCUUGCGAAAAACGCCGAAUUGUACUGGAAAAGAGGCAGUUGCAAGGAAUCCCUUUUUUCAUUUAACAAGGACAGAAACAAUUUCGUACAUUUUCUUCGUAUUUAUGCCCAAGGAAGGGAGAAAAAGGAUGCAGAAAUUAUGGAACGCUCUCAGACUCUUUUGGAGAGUUUUCCACAGAAGUGCAUGUAUUUGGAAAAGUGUCUUCAUCCAAAGAAUUAUGCCCAGUUCCUUGAACAGUUGCUGGACACAUUUGACUCAACUGUUCAGCCAGUACGUGUUGUAGAACUUUCGUGUCUUCUUGGAAAUGAAUAUAGGAAGAAAGACCAAAAGAAGUACAGCGAACUUAUGCAUAGAGCGGAAGAAAUUUAUCUCCUGAAUGCUGCAAAGUGUAAAGAAAAUCCGUUAUCAGAAGUUUACUUUCACAACUGUUAUGCACGCUUCCUUUCCGAUAAAAAAGAUCCUAAAGAAAACCAAAGAAUUGUUCACGAGACUCAAUCAGCUCUAGAAGUCAGCAGUACAAGUUUGGGUAAUCUUCAUCCGGAAACAGCAGCAACUCUUCUUUUUGCGGGAAUCAAUGCCAAGCGCCGCAAGCAGCGUGAUACAGCUACAGAACAGCUAAGAAAGGCGUUAGAAGUCUUUCAACAGAGCCUUGGUAAACAUUUUAUGACAGCCGAAGCCCUGAAAGCCAUUGCGGACUCUCGUUUUUUCCUCGGUGGAGAAACAAAAGAGGACGACGACUUAAAAUUUUGCCUCGAGUAUUAUAACGCAGCCAUAGAAAUGUUCGACGAUCUCGUCGAGGGUGGAAGCAAAGAAAGCAUCCUGACCUUAAAGAAUUGCGCAGCUUGUCACCAGAGAAGAGGAAACUUUGAUGAGGCGUUGGCUUUAUUCACAAAGGCAGAACAAGUUGCCGAGAGAGAAUUAGAAGAGAAUCACGAAUGGAAGGUCGGAAUCAAGACUUUAUGGGCCAUCUUACAUGACGAGAUAGGAAACAAGGAUAAAGCGAAAGAAAUGAUGCGUGAAGGACUGUCGAUGGCCAAAAAACUAGACUUGCCAAUAGAAAAGAUGAGAAACAAGUACCCGAUACGAUUGUUUAUCAACCGUUAU